UCAGAAAAGACUGGUCCUCCCAGGAACUCAUCUAUGGAUACUUUGGUGUCUUCGAGGCCAGACAGACUUACAGGUGGACUAACUCAUUGACUUCAUGAGAGGGAAAUAAUUUUUGGACACUUUCUGGCCGCCAUCUACCCAAGUGGAGAUGUCUGAGGAAAAUGUGGGGGAAGAGUCGGGCAGCUCCCCUGUCUCUCCUGUGGACAGCCUGAGCAACAGCGAGGGGGAGCUGGACAGACAGCCGAAGAGAUGUGGGAGAAAGAGGAGACCGAGCAGGAAAAACGGGGAGGACUCAGAUAGCCCGACCCCUGGGAAAAGAGGGAAGAAGUCCAACAGCAGCAGCCCCCAGUCUUUCGAGGAACUCCAGUCGCAGCGGGUCAUGGCCAACGUCCGAGAGCGACAGAGGACCCAGUCUCUGAACGAGGCGUUCGCCGCUUUGCGGAAAAUUAUCCCCACUUUGCCCUCCGACAAACUCAGCAAAAUACAGACUCUAAAACUUGCAGCCAGAUACAUCGACUUCCUCUGCCAGGUGCUGCAGAGCGACGAGCUGGACUCCAAAAUGUCAAGUUGUAGUUAUGUGGCUCACGAGAGGCUGAGCUACGCCUUCUCUGUGUGGAGGAUGGAGGGCGCUUGGUCCAUGUCAACAUCUCACUAGCAUGUGUAGAAGUUAUGGCCACAAUGGUGACUGCUGAAUCUACUUAUCACGUUCUGACGGGGCAACUCUGGAGUCCAGUGCUGGAUACAUGGGAUCACUAUUUAAACCAAAGACGACUGAAACUCUGGGGAUCACUGUCCAGAGGCCCGGUGUGGACGCGCAGCCGUGUGUGUUAGCUCCAUAAGUCCCAUUUAGUGUUUUCAUGUUGUUGACGACGAAUGUUGAAAUGGCAUGUCCAGGCUUGGACUUAUUUCUGUGGAGGCCAAGGUACAUUAUAGCAGUUGUCUCAGCUUUUUCCUUUUUCUGCCCUUUUUCUUUUUUUUUUUUGGUGUGAGACUGUCAACUGGUGGUGUAGCUCACAUUAAAUGUUUGUGGAUCUAACCUGUGCGAAAAAUACUUUCAGAAUACAUUUAUUUAUUUAUUGGUGAAUCGUGUUACAUUGAGGAAUAGACCCUGUGUCUGAAAUACAAAUACAUCCCUAUUUUUU